AUGACAGAUGUGGAUGACAACAGUCAUAGUCAUUUACUCGUGCUUACAGUAUUUUUCAUUGAAACAUCAGGAGCUGCUGUGAGACCUGUGGUUUCCCUCUCCCCAAACUGGACCCCAAUAUUCAAGGGAGAGUCUGUAACUCUGACCUGUAAUGUGACCCCUACUGCCCAAGGGAACUUGGGAUAUUCCUGGUACAAGAAUCAGCACCAGAUACCUGGGAAUCAGCAAAGUCUUGUGAUUCAAAGUGGCACCAGGUCAGACAUAGGGCAUUACCAGUGUGAGACCGGUACCAAUGUGAAAAGUGAUUCUAUUCGUCUGGAUUUUAGGCCUGGUUGGCUCAUCCUGCAGGUGCCCCCUGUUGUUCAUGAAGGGGACUCCCUGUCUCUCAGGUGUCACAGUCGGUCUCGUUCGAUUGCAAGAAAUCCAGUAUUUUACAAGGACAAUAAGAUCAUUAAGUCCCCAGUCAGUGGGUCUGUGUUACACAUAGGAAGAGUGGAUGUUACUACAUCUGGUACAUACAAGUGUGUAAAAGAAAUCCUUUUUUAUUAUCUUUCUGGCAAGCGUUAUCGAUUUUAUAGAGAUGAACGAUACAUUACAGUACAAGAGAUGUUCACUAUCCCACAAAUAAAUAUGAUCCCAGAUCAGGUGAUAGAAGGAGAUCACAUGACCAUAACAUGUGACACAAAGCUCAGCCCACGCAGAGCGACUACAGAGCUGCAGUUUGUUUUCUACAGAAAUGGGCACAAUGUGCAGGGAUUCAGCUCAUCCAACCAAUAUGGAGUCCCCUCAGCUCAGCUGGAGGAUUCUGGGAAUUAUACCUGUGAGGUACAAACUUCAUCCGGCAGUGUGAGGAAGAGGAGCAACAUGGAACAUAUCCACAUACAGGAGCUCUUCCCUGUCCCACAAAUAAAAGUGAGUCCAGAUCAGGUGACAGAAGGAGAUCACAUGACCAUAACAUGUGACACAAAGCUCAGCCCACACAGAGAGACUACAGAGCUACAGUUUGCUUUCUACAGAAAUGGGCACAAUGUGCAGGGAUUCAGUUCAUCCAAACAAUAUGGAGUCCCCUCAGCUCAGCUGGAGGAUUCUGGGAAUUAUAUCUGUGAGGUACAAACUCCAACUGGCAGUGUGAGGAAGAGGAGCAAUGUGUUGCAUAUCCAGAAACUGGAACUCUUCACUAUCCCACAAAUACAAGUGAUUGCAGAUCAGGUGACAGAAGGAGAUCACAUGACCAUAACAUGUGACACCAAGCUCAGCCCACACAGAGAGACUACAGAGCUACAGUUUGUUUUCUACAGAAAUGGGCACAAUGUGCAGGGAUUCAGUUCAUCCAACCAAUAUGGAGUCCCCUCAGCUCAGCUGGAGGAUUCUGGGAAUUAUACCUGUGAGGUACAAACUUCAUCCGGCAGUGUGAGGAAGAGGAGCAGAGAGGCACAUAUUCAGACAAAGGGUCCUUCUUCAAACCUCCAAAGCGUUAAACUGGAAUUGAAGGUGGUUCACAGUGAAAUGCAGAAGGUUAAUGACCAGCUGUCCGCUGGUAGUACAGUGCAGGAGCUUGCUGAACUUAAAGAACAGAUGCAAAUCAGACUGGAUAAAAACAAAUCAGAAAAUGAGAAACAAAAGAGACAGAAAUAUGACCAUGAUACUAUCGAUUAUGAGAGAGGACGGGUGUACUCUUGGAAUCGCUUUGAUGGCAUAAAGAGAGAUACUUGA